AUGAUGUUUGCCAAUCUAGCACGAGGUGCCAAACCCUCAACACGCUCAUACCCAACCCUCCAAGAACUACAGGAUACAUUCUCCACCUGGGUUGGCGACUGCCUCGACAUCGACGACGAAGACGAAGAAGAAGAGAACGAGGAACAAGAGUGUCAAAUAGCAUAUGCAGAAGACUACGAGGAUCAUAUCCCACACAGCAACGACCACGACAAUAGCAGCAAGGAACCUUCUGGUACCUUACCUGAUGAGAAAGACCUCCAUACCAGUAGCAAGAAUAUAAAAAACCUCUCGGAGGGACCUAAAGACCUUCGUCUAAAGAAAGAGCGACGACACGUUUCGUUGCCAGCAGCACUCAAAGCUACUUUCUACCCUUACGGCCAAAAAGACACCUCCAAGAGUCCAAAGGAGAUCACACCUCGUGCCAUUUUUGAACGAGUUCUUUUAAUACCGCCAAGGGACUUUGCACGCAGGCGUCGAGCUAGUCAAGAAAGUAUUGAAGCUGUAGAUCUUUGGAUCUGCCGCGCUGCACCCGGAAAUAGUUCAAGAGGCCGCGGUCAAGAUAAGGAACUACUACAACCUUUAAAUACCAGUACCAGUACCAAUACCAAUACCAAUACCAAUACUAGUACUAAUACCAAUACCAAUACCGUUUACCAGGAGGUUUCCUCGUUUCUAGCUCUUACAAAGGGGAGUAGGAAACGAAGGAGAGAAGCAGUCGACGUAGACGACAGUGAUACACCUUUAACGCCGGCACUGCUAUCAUCCCCGCUGGCGUCUAGGAAGAGACCGCGAAUCUAA